GGGAGCUAAUCCCAACGCUAUUUACCGCACGUGCUCACUGGAUCCGAUCUCACAACUGUUAACCGACGACUUGAAGAUGAACUUGGAGCAGAAAGAAGCUUUGGAUAUCGCCCUAUCCGGCCACAAUCUGCUUAUAACGGGACAGUGCGGCACCGGAAAAACGUAUACGCUGAGGAAUAUCAUCAAGGCUCUCAAGUCAGCUGGACGGAAAGUGGGAAUAACUGCUGUCACAGGUCUGGCCAGCAAACAGUACCAGGAUUUGGGAGGAGAGACGCUGCAUCACUGGGCUGGGCUGUUCGAUGGAAGAUUUUCCAAGGAGGAGGUCCUUACUAACGUACUCAACAAUGAUGCAUAUGGGAAUUGCCUCAAAAACAUAACCCUUUCAGAAGUUCUCAUCAUUGAUGAAAUAGGAAUGCUCAGCGCUAAACUGUUUGAGGUUCUUGAAUAUGUAUGCAGUCAUUGCCGCAGUAAAGAACAUUGGUUUGGUGGCUUACAGAUCAUCGCUUGUGGAGAUUUCAAGCAACUUCCUCCAGUUCCUGACCACUUUCAUAAUGAUCCAGGACUUUUCUGCUUUCAGUCAUGUGUGUUCAAACAUAUAUUUCCUCACCACCUAAAUUUCCAAGAAGUGGUUCGCCAGGCUGAAGCGGAUUUGAUUGUCGCCAUCAAUGAACUCUGUAAUGGACACCCAUCGGAGGAAACUCAUACUUUAAUGAAGAAUCUCAAUAGACCACUCAACACAAACAAAAGACCAACCUUGCUCUUUGGGACAAAUUUUGAUGUAGAAUAUGAAAAUCAGAUGGCACUGCAUGAAGAUGGGGAAAACAUAAGAUGUUAUAGAGCGCUGGACUCGGGUGAGACACUGUUGCUGCAGCGAUGUCAAGCGAAGAAGAACUUACAGUUGAAAGUGGGAGCACCUGUUAUCCUCAUAAGAAAUGUGAAACAUUCUUUGGUGAAUGGUUCAAAAGGAACUGUUCUUUCUUUCACAGACAAGGGUCCAGUUGUUGAUUUUGAUGGCCUAUGUGUACUUGUUGAACCCCUCAACUUUGAAAUUUAUGACUCUAACCAAAAGAAAGUGCGAGCCAACAGAAAACAGAUCCCUUUACGCCUUGCCUUUGCUUUGACAGUACAUCGAGCUCAGGGUAUGACCAUCGACCCUCUCAUAGUUGAUUGUGAAAGCUAUUUCCUUCCGGGACAACUUGGUGUAGCUGUAGGGAGAUGCAUCAGCAAAGAGGGUCUACAGGUGAAGAAUUACAAGGAAGAUGUUGCAUCAAAACAACACACAGAUGAAGUCUAUCAUUUCUAUGAUGCACCCUUUUUUCCAACAAUGACUGACCUAACAUGCUGCAAGAAGGACAGAAACUACAAUGAAAUGAAGGAAACCGAAAGUGGAGAUGAUAGUGAUGGUGACGAUAGGGAUGUGGAUGAUGCUGCUGAAGAUGAAGCUGAACCAUUAGUUGCGCAGGCACCUGCUGUAGAAGUUCCGGAACUGACGGAAGAUGAUAAGACAAGAACUCAUCUGCUGCUGGUUGACUUUUUGAAGACUGUAUCAAAAAGAGAUAAGCAGAAAAUUAUUCUGAAUCCAUUGGCAGCAAAUCUUCAACAGCACUUUGUUGUUUUGGAACGUCAAGUCAAUAAGCUCCUCAGUCAGCGGUCAGGUACGAUUAUUGACAAAGCUUCUCAGUGGCAGGAGGCCUGCACCAAGUUAACUACUUUUCUAAAUUCUCCAGAGCACCUGUCAUUGUGUAAAAACCUCAGUCAUUGUGAUGAAAUAACUGUUGAGAAGAAAAUAUCCUCAAAGUUGACAAUGUGGAUUAUUGAGCGAGAGGUGGAAAAACGAGCAAGCAUUGUCACUUCUGAACAGAGAGAGAGUAAUGUGGUCGAUGUAGAAGAUACGACAGAGGUAGCGAGGGCAAAGAUCAGACAUCUUGCGGGGGCUUGCAUUCAUGCAGUCAGGAAGCGCCUUCGUUCUUCAGUCAUGACUAAACUGGAUUCCUUGACUAAAAAGUGUCGUCAUAAAGGUAGCAUGGAUUUCCGAAAACAGAAGUUUAUAUCUCAGCUGAGAGUGUCGGAAAUGGAAGUGAAAGAACAAACAAAAGAUCAAUCCAGCCUGUCAGAAAUAGACUUUAAACAAGACAAGGGUCCAGUUGUUGAUUUUGAUGGCCUAUGUGUACUUGUUGAACCCCUCAACUUUGAAAUUUAUUACUCUAACAAGAAGAAAGUGCAAGCCAACAGAAAACAGAUCCCUUUACGCCUGGCCUUUGCUUUGACAGUACAUCGAGCUCAGGGUAUGACCAUCGACCCUCUCAUAGUUGAUUGUGAAAGCUAUUUCCUUCCGGGACAACUUGGUGUAGCUGUAGGGAGAUGCAUCAGCAAAGAGGGUCUACAGGUGAAGAAUUACAAGGAAGAUGUUGCAUCAAAACAACACACAGAUGAAGUCUAUCAUUUCUAUGAUGCACCCUUUUUUCCAACAAUGACUGACCUAACAUGCUGCAAGAAGGACAGAAACUACAAUGAAAUGAAGGAAACCGAAAGUGGAGAUGAUAGUGAUGGUGACGAUAGGGAUGUGGAUGAUGCUGCUGAAGAUGAAGCUGAACCAUUAGUUGCGCAGGCACCUGCUGUAGAAGUUCCGGAACUGGCGGAAGAUGAUAAGACAAGAACUCAUCUGCUGCUGGUUGACUUUUUGAAGAAAAGAGAUAAGCAGAAAAUUAUUCUGAAUCCAUUGGCAGCAAAUCUUCAACAGCACUUUGUUGUUUUGGAACAUCAAGUCAAUAAGCUCCUCAGUCAGCGGUCAGGUACGAUUAUUGACAAAGCUUCUCAGUGGCAGGAGGCCAUCACCAAGUUAACUACUUUUCUAAAUUCUCCAGGGCACCUGUCAUUGAGUAAAAACCUCAGUCAUUGUGAUGAAAUAACUGUUGAGAAGAAAAUAUCCUCAAAGUUGACAAUGUGGAUUAUUGAGUGA